AUGUCUAGAAUGAGUUCAGAUGAUAUGAUAUCAAUGAUAUUCAAUGACCUGAUAGUGUUCUGUGACAGAAUGAGCACAUGUCAAGUAGCUAUCUCUGCAGCAGAUGAUUUCAAAUCUGAGAUCUGUGAAUAUCAAAAGAAUGUUCAAAAAGCCAUGAAUAUCAAAGCUGUAAUCACAUUUGAUGAUAAUAACUACAAGAUCUGA